AUGGAGAAGGAUAAGGAUAAGAAUAAGAAUAAGAAUAAGGAAAAGGAUAAGGAUAAGGAUUGGAAUAAGGAUAAGGAUAUGGAGAAGGAUAAGGAUAGCGAUAGGUAUAAGGAUAAGGAUAGGGACAAGGAUAAGGAUAAUAAUAGAGAUAAUGGUAAGGAUAAGAAUUUGGAUAAGGAUGGGGAUAGGGAUGUUAAUAACGAUAAGGAUAAGGAUAAUCCUAUAGAUAAGGAUAAGUAUAAGGAUAAGAAUAAGAACAAGGAUAAGCAUGCAUAUAAAUAUAAUCUCAUUCUAAGCUCGUUUGUUGGUAACCUCGUUUACUCACUCAAAUCUCGGAUUACUAGCUAG